AUUUGCUGACAGCACAGGAAUACCACUGCCUGCUGCAGCUGCUCUGCCCAGACUUCCCAAUGGAACUCACUCAGAAAGCAGCAAGGAUUGUGCUGAUGGAUGAUGCUAUGGAUUGCCUGAUGUCUUUUUCUGAUUUCCUCUUUGCUUUCCAGAUCCAGUUCUACUACUCAGAGUUCCUGGAAAGUGUGGCUGCCAUUUAUCAAGAUCUACUGGCUGGUAAAAAUCCAAACACUGUGAUUGUGCCAACGUCAUCCUCUGGGCAACAUCGGCAGCACCAGCCCCCAAAUGACUGCAGCCCACUCGAUGGGGUAGAGGCAUCUCUCUUCUACCAGUGUCUAGAGUCUUUGUGUGACAGAUCAAAAUACAGCUGUCCACCAUCUGCUCUUGUGAAGGAAAUACUGAGUAGUGCACAGAGACUGACCUUCUAUGAAUUCCUUAUGGCACUUGCAAAGGAUCAGAGGAUCAACAGAGCCCUAGGGGCUUUGCCAGAUAAAGGAGAAUUGUUUCUGGACCCUGCCAUGGAUCAGGAACUUGAGAAAUUGGUAGCUCAGGUUUCAGGGCUUUCUGUCUCCGGUCCCACCAGCUCCAGCGGGGACACAGCUAAUUUGCCUGUCCGUAACUCACCCAGGAUUAACUCUCCCUGGAAACCUUUACAACAUCGGCGAAAAAUGGAUGCUGAGAGUGAAGGCUCCAAUGAAGAGACAGACUCCUCUGAAAAUUGA